AUGUCCGACCCGAAUCCACUCCUCCUGCUUGUGCAGCAGCUCCAGCAAGAGCUCCAAAACCAGCGCCUUGAUAUUCAAAACCAGCGUAAUGAAAUACAGCAACUACGUGCGGACCUUGAUGCUUCCCGAACAGAUGUCCACCAGCUUCGUACGCAGCUUCUUUCCGUCCAGACACCCAGAUCCCGCCUGCCAGAUCCGCCUCGCUUUAACGGUAAACCAUACACGCUUCGCACAUGGCUCCCGUCAAUUAAAGCAAAACUUCGAUCAGACCAGCUCGUAGGAGCUGAUGCUUUUGACUAUGUAUGGGAUCGACUAGAACAGUCUCAGCAAGCUUCUGUCCUGCACCUCCGCCAAUCUGCCGAAGAAAACCAGCUAUGGGAUCCUGAAGUUAUUUUCUCUUUUUUUCAGCGUCUAUGCCAUAACCCACGGGAACAGCAGGAGGCUAUUCAGCGCUUUACUUCUAUACAACAGAGGGAUGACGAAUCGCUUAUCGCCUACCUUGCUCGUUUUGAACGACUUUCAUAUGAAGCCAAUGUAAACUCAUGGCCAGAUAUAUCACGUGUUACCACGCUACACCGGGGGCUACGGCCUAAUCUCCGUCGAAUACUAGAAGACUCGAAUAAUUCUCUCUUUGAUCUUCCCUAUAAUGAAUAUAUUGAACUUGUCCAGAGUACCGAUCGGCGUACCCGUCCUAGUCCAAAAUCAGCCCCGAAACCAGCUUUGACCCCGAAUACAGACCCAAUGGAUACUGAUCCGGUCCGAGUCAACUCAGUUAAAAUAAACCCCAAUCCUGUUCAUGUUGGCUCUGUGAGAGUAGCCCGAGCUGCUUCGCCUGUUUUAUCUGAUUCUUCUCAUGAAUCCACCACCUCUGACCGCCGCCGUUUCCGACUUGCGAAUAAUUUAUGCCUUUACUGCGGUUCUAAUGAUCAUUGGAUCGCAGACUGCGAUGCCCGCUCUACUUUGUCUGAUACUUCCGAGAAACCUCCGAAAAGCUUACAGCCCGCGCCAGCAACCCGCCUCGCUAUUAGGCCUCCUUCGGAGGCCUUAUAUAGGAAGGGGGGGUAG